UAUGAAAAAGUCCCAGUCAUAAAAUAAUUCAGGAACCUUUGAUUUCCCAGAAGUUAAUAAGCCUAGGUUCGAACCUUAGCUUCAUAAAAUCAGUGCAAGCACUUAAUAGAAGGUUGUUAUUUAAAAACUGACUAAUUCACUUAAUAAUAAUAAAAUUAUUACAUAGACGACAGAAUAACCAUAGACAUUAAGAAGUUAUGUUUCUAAGCCUUAAAUUAAUUCAGAGCGCUUUAUGUUUGAUUUAGAUGCUUCAAUGGUAUAUAUUCAUAGAGAAAAAAUUGCGCAAUUUGAAGAACUUGAAUAAUAGAGAAUUCAGUAAUUAUUAAGAGAUAUACAAAUAAAGGUUCCCUAAAUAAAUGAUAAAGUAAAUCAUUUCAUAGCAUUAGCAGUCUAAUACGAAAAUGAAAAAGUUAAUCCUUUAGUGAAUUAAUUCAUAAAAGUGAUUGAAUAAUUAUUGUAAAUUUUUGAUGAAAAAAAUAAGGAAAUAAAAGAAUAUUAGUUUGCAUUGAAGUAAAGUAGAGAGCAAGUCUAAAAUAAUAGUAGGUUAAUUGAAGAUUAAUCAUAAAUGAUAAAAUAUAUGGAAAGUUAAAAUUAAAAUGCUAAAAACGUUACAAGAACCUUUUAGAGAUCUAAUGAAUUGGCUGUCAUAAAUGUGUAACUUGAAAAGAAAGUGGAACUUUUAAAUUAGAAUCUAUAAUUUUUAAUGAAUCAAAACAAAGAUAGUUUGGCAUCUCAAUUAUAAUAAAAAAUUGAGUUGCUCAAUAAAACAAUCGAGGAGUAAUAAAAUAAGUUAUAUGAUGAUAACAAUAUAUAGAUUUAAUUGUAACAAUAAAUUUAAACUCUUAAAUCAACUGAGUUCAAACAUUAAAUUUAACUUAAAAAAUUAGAAGAUAAAAUCUAAGACUAUGAAACAAAAUUAAAAGAUUUAACUUUUCAAGUCUCAUAUUCUAAAGAAUAGAAAGAUCAAUAUAGAGAGCUUUAUUAUAUGACAUAUGAAGAUUUAUAAAUGAGCAAACUAAACACACUAACAGAAAGAAAAUAAAUGCAAAAGAGUUUUGAAAAAAUCAGAAUGUUGUAAGAUAGAAUAGAUGAAAUGACAGUCAAGAGAAGUAAAGAAGUUGAUGCUCCUUUUUAAAGUAGAGUUGAAGGUGAUAUGAUACAAUUAUAAGCAAUAAUCAAAAUUUUAGAUGAAGAUCAUGUAUUUUAAAGGUAUAUGAUGAGUAGUUUCUUAAAGAAUGUCCAAGAGUAUGAUUCAAAAUUAGUGGAUGCAUAUGUAGAUGUUAAAAGAUUAGUUGUAGGCAGAGAUGAAGAGGCAGAAUUAUAAACAUUAAGAUAUAAUUACCCACCCUUCACGCUAUUUCUAGAAAAGAGAAUUGUUGAUUAGGAAACCUAAUAUCUACAAAUAAGACCAAUCUCUAAUAAUUUUAUGGGUUUGCUUAGAGCUAUCUUAGAUGGUAUGUUUAUUGAGUUCCAAAAAAAUACCUAUAUUUCUUUUUAAGGUUAUGUAAUUUCCUGGUUAAGUACAUUCACAAUUGAUAAUCAUUAAGUUAUAAUAUUUCCAGAAGAUACAAAAAGAGUAAAUUUUAUACACUAUAAAUUAAGGUCAAGAUAGAAGAACAAUUGCACACUUUUUAUCUAGAUUUAAUGGUACCUAGAUUAGAUAAAGUUUGGGAAGUAGUUCAAUUUAGACAUUUCUUAAAUGACAUCUAUUCUUUAGAAGAAUUAUAUUUCUAUCUUCAUGCUCGCUUUCUUUUGAGAAGAGGACCUUGGAUUGAAACAUUUGAUGCAAUCUAUGGCGUUGUCAAUUACAUGAAAGUAUAAUAAGCUGAAUCCAUAAUAUUGAGGUUUUUAGAAUAAUUUGAUAAAAUAAAUUAAACCUUAGUUAUAAGAGCGGUUAACGAAAGGAUUGUGGAAGGAAAAAGUAAUAAUACUAUUUUAUUAGAUCAGAAGACAGAAAAUUAAUUUAAACAGGAUUUGUCUUAUAAUUAUUACUGGAAAUUUUCAGAAUAGAUAGAAUUAAUAGAUACAAAAUUCUUUCUUUUGCAUUUCCAGCUCAACCCAUUAACUUUAAAUAGUUUCAUAAAUUUGUUAAAGGAAAUUUUUCAAAAUGCACUGAAGGGGAGGCUGCAGAACUUUGGAGGGAAGUUUACAUGAUUUCAAAUGGCAUUCCAAAUUUAAAUUCAUUUUUUACUGCUGCCUAAUCCCUUUUUAUUAAGUCACUUAUACUUCCUGCAAUAUAUGCUGUUCCACUUCUAGAUACUAAUAGAAAAUUAGCUUUUGAUGAAUUAAAUUUCACAACAAUGAAAAUUUAAGAAUAAUUAAAAGAAAUUAGUGAUUACGAUUUCGAUACGCUUAAGACCUUAAUUCCUUAAAGUUUUUAAGAGGAAAUGAUUAGAAUUACAAAAUAACUAAUGCCAAAAAAUUAAAUUUAGUUUGUCAAUCCCCUUGAAUAUGUAUUUAAAUUUAUGAAGCUUAUCCUCACAUUGAAAUAUAACACUAUUUUAGCAGAUGGCUUAGAAGAAGAUGGUGUUAAUAGAAAAGGUUUUAUUACUGAAACAUUUACAUAAUUCAUCACUUCUGAAAUUAGUGAAUUGAAUAAAUUCAUUCAUAAAAAGCAAUCAUAUAUGUCUGAUUAAGAAAUUAGGAUAUCAAGAUUGUAGAAAUAUGUAAAGAAAAAAGUUAAGAAAAUAUAUGUUAUCAUGUCAUCUGUGUUACAAUCAAGAAUAAAAUAAUGA